AUGAGCUCUCAACCAUCGCAAUCAACAUCCGCAUCAUCAUCACGCCCACCUGUGACCCUCGGACAGACCACCCAUCUUGACCCUGGAGCCUACAUCCGUGGCACACACGCCAUCGCAGCCGGUGAACAUACCCUAGUACAUCCCAGAGCUCAACUGGUCGCUGCUCACGGACCCCUGUUUAUCGGUGACAAAUGCAUCAUCUCCGAGAAAUGUAUUAUCGGUGGCCCCAUUCAGAGCACAAGUGGUUCGACCUCUGAUCCGGCUUCAAAGACAUCAAGUGCUCCCGGAAUCGAAAGCAACCAGCCUAGUCCCUUGAUCCAUCAGGGCGGUGCUGGUGAUGUCGAUGAUGAGGAGCGCGACCCCUUAAAAACGGUCAUCAACGAUAGUGUAUACAUCCAUCCGAGCUCGCAGAUCCAUGCCGGAGCAACCAUCAACAAAGGUGUCUUGAUUGAGUCUCAUGUGACAGUACUUGCAAAUGUGAAAGUCGGCGCACAUGCAAAGAUCUGUGCGGGCGUGACUGUGGACAGAGACGUGGCCGACUGGACGGUUUUAUAUGGAAACGGCAACAUAAAGCGACAGAGGAAGACACAGUCGGCUGAAGAAGACCAGACUGAACUUGUGGAGAUGCUGAGGCUCAAGGCCAUGGACAAAGAACGAGAGGGCACAGUGGCUCUUUUGAGGGCGGCGGCUCGCGUGGCGAGUUUAGCCAAGAAGAAAUGA